UGGCCACAACGUAAAACUUUAAAAAAUGUACAAACUAUAUGACAUUAUCAUUUAUCAUAUUCAUUUUACUUUGGCUUUUAGUGAAAUAAUGUAUUUGAUUAAUUACUCAAAAUAACUCAUUGUUGGAAGAAUGUGAAAUUAAGCAUUUCUAUUACACACAUACAUUUCGAUAAUGUCGCUUAACGACGAACAAAACCAAGAGCAAAACACUUCGAAACUGGUAAUGACCACAUUUUACAAAGUGGCCAACAGAGAUGGCGUCACAGCUGGAGACAUUACCAGAUACCUUCAGGAUAAGUUCGGCGACGUGUGGAGAUCUAACACGUUGACGGGGAAGGCCGAGGAGACCUUGCAGAGGAGUGUCGCCAUGGGUUUCUUGGAGAAGUGUGGGGACAGAUAUAUUGCAAAAUUGGUACGUGAAAUGGGAUGUCGCCGACGCAGACGUCGCAGCCGGAGACGUAUGCGUCGUCGUCGCCGCAGUUGUAGGCGCCGAAGACGUCGACGUCGAGUCUGUUGUUGCGGAUAGUUUUAAAUGUCUUUAAAUAAAUUAUAAAUUUCUGCGAUAUUAA